AUGUUACAUGCAAAACCGAAGAUUUAAACACAAUAAGCACUUUUCUAAGAUCUGAAAAGCAAGAAAUCUUCAACUUCCUUCAGUCCUAUUAACACACUUUUUGGAAGUAAAUAAACUGUCAAUCUCCCCAACAAUUUAUCAAUUCCAUUGUACAAAGGUCAUUUUGUUAAUUUUCAUCAUGAACAGAUAAGAAUUGAUGAUAAUUGUUCUUUGAGUGGUAUUUAAGAUGGCUUUCUUUACUUUGUGGUAAAAGAAAAAACCAUGCAAUUCUAUUUCUUUUCACCUCAACAGGACGAUCUAAAUUACUACUACAAUACUGAUGAUAAGAAGUACAAAUUUCCAAUCAGACUCAAAGAACAAUCAAUUAAUCACUUAGAGUAUAUCACAGCCGUUGGAUUUCAAUUGGUAGAUGAUGUAUGGACCAUGGCAAUCGCUUCUGAAUUCUAUAUAUUUUUGUACACUUUUACAGGAGAUUUGGACAAUUUUUAAAUGCUAAAAUAGGGCUUCAACGUUAAUGGAGAAAUAAUCAAUUAAGUCAUUUUUUAUCAAGACAAUUUAAUUUAUGGAGGCAGUUCAGGCACUCUAACCUGUAAAUCUAUUGAUUCAGCUCAAAAAUACACUACUUAAUUGAAAGAAAAAAUAAAAAAAUAAUUUAAUAGGAUAUUCAAGGACUUGACUCCUUGGUCAUCUCAACAAGGAUUGAUCUAAUUGGAAGUGCAAGAAGAAUUCAACAUUUGUUAUGGUUUAUUCGAGAAACUUGAUAAAGAUGAAAACGUUGAAGACACAUUCAUCAUCAUCUACGAUAUUGGACUUCAAGGAGAACUCUUUUAAGAAAUAAUCACAAUUAAACAAUCCUCUCUAUUUAAUUCCAAUCUAGAAUUCAAAAAUGGAUAUGAUUAUCACAAUCUCCAAUUUUAUCAUGUGUUUUUCGAAAAACAAUACUAAACAAACAAAAUCCUCUUGAUCAUAACAACCAAAGACUAACUAUAACUUUAUUUAUAGUUUGAAUUAUAAGACAGAACUAUUAAUGAGAUCAAUGAAUACAAAUAAAGGAUAUCAAUUUCUAAUGUUGUUCAAUUUUAAUAAUAUAUCAAAUUAAAACCAGAAUUCUAAGUUAUCUAGGUCAAAAAUCCCUAUAUGAAAAUAGACACGGUGAUUCCAUAUGGAGUCUGUUUGGAUGAGAGUAGAACACAAUACAAACAGAAGGAAAUGUUGACAAUCCAAUAAAACUAAAUUCUGAAAUCAGUAUACAAAGAGGAAUAACUCUCACUGUUUCAUUUAGAUAACUAUAUCAUUGCACAAUUUCUUGAUAUGGCACAUAUCCAAUACUUUAGAAACCUAGAACAACAGAUCACCAAAUACAAUACAUAUAAUUAGAUAUAGUAUUCGAUUUAUAGGGAUACUUCUAAGGAUGCAAUUGAAAAAAUCGAUCUUCAUGGUCAAAAUGGUCAUGGCAUUCCAAAAAGCGCUUAUAAUAUUGGAAAGAUGACUGUGAAUCGAUUGUUCAAUCAUUUUGAUAUUAAUGAAUCUUAACUUUAUAAUCUACCUGAACAUUUCAUCUGUAUUGCUGAUCACACAAUUGAAUUCAUUGUCAGAAUGAGACCAAUCGAUUGUUUCUUCACUGCCAUCAAGGUUACACAUUACGAUUUUAUCGAUUAAGUAGAUGCUGAAUUCCCACUUGAAAAAUUGGUCAGAGCAUUUGGAAUUGAAGAAAGUUGUGCCUAAAUCUUGCAAAUCAUUAUUCAAGAAGAAUAGAAUUUUUAUAUCAAUGUUGAACUUCAACAUCAAUAUUAAUUAGAUUUGCAGAAGGCAUUUCAAAGAAUACAUUACUCAGAAAAUAUCCAAAAAUUUUUCGAUGACAAUGAAAAGAUUCCGAACUGGGUUACUGGUCUAGUUUAUGUUCGUAAAGGGUCCAUAAUCAAAGAGAAAGCACUCAAAGCGUAUUUUGCUUUGAUUAAGCGUUCAUUACUUAGUGAAGAAAGAAAUCAAAAAUCUAAGAAAGUAUCAAGCACAACAUCUUUAAUUUGGAAAAUCAUUGCUCCUCUUACAACCAAGAAAUUCAUCAAUGAAAAAGUGUAUAACUUGGAAUGCAAUAAACCUAUUGAGAGUUACUCACUCUUACAAUUAUAAACUGUAUUCAAAUAGAUUGAAAAAUUAAUUAAAUUAUUUGAAAAUGAACCUAAUUACUAUCAACAAGUCAAGAAUCAAAGACACGAUCUCUAGAUUGAAGAAUAAAAACAAUUUCAGAAUUAUAAGAAUGGAUUCAGUAAGUACAUCUAUGAAACUUUCGAAUAAAGUACUAGAUUAGACAUUUCAAGAAGCACCAAUUAUUCAGAUUAAUCAUUGGCUAUUAGUGUAAAUGUGGAUGUAGAAUAUAACUAAAUGAAAGUGCUCUACUCUUAUAGCAAAUAAAUUAAAUAACUGCUGCAAUUUUUGAUUUAUUUCUUUGGAGAGUUGUAAGGCAUCAGGAAUAUUAUUAACAGCUAUCAAAACAAAACUUAAUUAUUUGAAUUAUCAAUUAAAAGUGUUCUUAGCGGUGACACUCUUGGAAAUUUGACAUUAAAAUAAUUAAUGAUCCAUAUUAUUAAAAGUGAUAAAACAAAAUUCAGAGAGACUGCUUAAUAUAUGAAUUAUCAUUUUCCUGAUUACUUUACGGAUUCAGAUUUUAAGAUCAGUCUUGUGUCGAACCUAUUUGAUGAAAUAUUGACAUUUGCUGCCUAAAAAAAUUUGAUCAAACUUAAUCCAAAUGAAUAGAUACAUGAAAAAAUUAAGAGGAUCCUAAAAUUGUCCAAGACUCCUUAAAUUACUAUUGACAAAGUACUUGAGAAGAAGGAGAUCUUCCUCUAUUAUAAGGAUUUGUAGCCAGAAUUGCAAGACUAAUUACUGGAGGCAUUGAAAUUGAUAGAAGAAGUUACCCUCCUCAUUGAUCAUUCCUAUUUGACACAAUGCUUUUAAAAUUAUAUGUAUCCUUUUGCCACUUUCAAAUUCUAUGUCUAAUUUUUAGCUUAGAAAUGUCAAUAAUAAGAGAAGGAUCAAUCAAACAAUGAAUAUUGCAAUUGCAUUAUGGAUUUAAUCUAGCAAUUCACCAAUCUAAUUUAAUACUAUUUGAAUCCUCCCAAGGGUUUGAGUAAGGCUUAAACGAAAGAAAUUCUAAUCGAAUCUCUUCAACUCUUAAACCAAUUUAAACUCAUCAAAGCAACUGAAGCAAUUGCUAACAAUAUUAUUAAAUAUUAAUUGAAAGAAUUCAUUUAAUACAUCGAUUACAAUCCAGAAAUGGAUUUAUAAUGCAAUAAUGACUUAGAGAAAUUAUAACUUUAGAAGAAACAAUUCUUAGCCAAAGCUGUGAAAGGCAAUCAUGAAGUGCAUCCAUAAUUGAUUCAGAUCCUGUUGAAACUAGCGCAAUUUUCGUUAAGUUAAUGUCCAGAAAUGAAUUUAGAGGACAUACAAGCUAAGUUGCCCAUUAAAAAGAGAUUAAGGUAUGUAAACAAGGCAUAAGAGUUCAUCAGAACUUUUCAUAAGAAUACUCAAGGAAUUGAUUUAAAUGAAAUCGAAAAGUAAGCAUAAGAUCUUAGCAAAUAAUUAUUUCUGUAAGACAUUAUGUAUGAUUUCGUAAUAUCUAAUGAAGAUGAAAAUCAAUGUUAUCAUACAGAAAAGAGGAAAAUCCUUAUAGAAAUUUUGGACUGCAAAAUUAUUCUGCAAUUCUUUGAAGACAACAACAUCUACUUUGGUUAAUUACUAUGUCUAGAUUACUUGGAACACUCUAAAGGGGAUUAAUUAUGCACACAAGAGAAUGUUGAAUAACUAUGGGUAAAUUUUCUGAAACAUUCUUAUGAAGAAUCAGAUGGAUGGCCCACAGACGUGCUCAAAAGAUAAAUGAAAUUGCUUUUUGAGAAUCUAAUCAAUAGCAAUAAAUACAUUUAAUUACAGAAAAUGACUUAGACAAUAGAGUUAAUUAAUACGAAGGAGUGUCAGGAGUAAAAGAUUACUCAACUGUCAACUUGGUUAUUCUUUGAGAUUUUGUUGAGUCAUGAUAUCAGAGAGAUUGAUUUGGCAAAGAUCUAUGUCAAACAUUAUUUGGAUCACAUCUAAAUUGUAGAUAAUCCCCUUUAUAAAACUUUGUAAAUUGAAUAAAUUCAGACCUAUAAAUUGUAAUUAAUACAAUAGAUUCUAAUUUUGUUUGAUGCUCUCAAAAAGCUUAAGUAUGAUUAGUAGUCAACCAGUUCAUUAAUAAAUCAGUUUAGAUUGGCUUUUGAAAACGAUUAUAGAAACCUGGUGGAUGAUGAAUUGUAUGACGCAAAAGUUAUAGAGCAGAUUAAAAUGAGAAUUGAUUCAUUAUGA